AACGGACUUUCGGCUACCAAACCGGGCCCGAGGGCAAAUUAAUUGUGGCAUACCAAACGCGGCCCAUGAGGUAGCUGACGUGGCAACAGCAGUAGCGCGAGGGAGUGGAAGAAGAAAGGGACCGUGUCGGACGGCAGUACGCCUGAUGAGGAAGACGUUGCCUGCAAACGGCGUCACUUUUGCUUUUUAACUCAUCGCCCUCGCCGCAGAAAAGAGAGCAAAAGCAGCCAAAGAAAAUAGGGAGUACUGAAGAAACGUUGAGAUAAAACCAGAAGCGCUUCCUUUGUGUGCUUUUGCUUUUCCUUUCACACUACCACCGGCGACACUACUGAUACAACCGCCGGAGCCGUUAGAGACGCCCUAGCAGUCAUCUCCUACGGCAAACGAAAAACCUCUCUUCCGAUCUGAUAGCGCAAGCUUGUCGUGUUCGUUACUGUAGCAAAUGUGAGUAAAUCUGAGAUUUAUCUGGCAUUCUUGAUACUUGGCGAUGGGGAGCGUUUCGUCGGAGGACGGGUCCGACCAGCAGAGCGAGCGGUGUAGCGGGAGCUACAGCCUCAGCGCCGACGUGAGCGAGUCGGAGAGUUCGAGUAGUUUCUCUUGCCGGCGGUACGGGCGGGAAGGUGGUUCGAGCUCCAUCUCGUCGUCUCCGCGUGCUUCCAGGCCGACGUUAGGGAAUUUCUGCUUUCCUCCGCCUCCACCGCUGAUGUUACCGGUGAUCGGCGGCAAGGAUGUUGUGGUUUGGGAUGAGAAGCCACAGAAACGGGAGACUGAUUUGUCUGAGGUUGAGAUGAUGAAGGAAAGAUUUGCUAAGCUUCUUCUUGGAGAAGACAUGUCUGGUGGGGGUAAGGGUGUCUGCACUGCUCUUGCCAUCUCAAAUGCCAUUACAAACCUCUCUGCUACUGUGUUUGGGGAGCUAUGGAGGCUAGAACCGUUGGCACCACAAAAGAAGUCAAUGUGGUGCAGAGAGAUGGAAUGGCUCUUAUGCGUAAGCGAUUCAAUUGUAGAACUUGUGCCUUCAGUACAACAAUUCCCUGGCGGGGGCACUUAUGAAGUAAUGGAAACUCGGCCACGAUCUGAUUUAUACAUGAAUCUUCCUGCUCUCAAGAAGCUCGAUGCAAUGUUGCUUAGCAUCCUUGAUGGAUUUCGUAAUACUGAGUUUUGGUAUGUGGAUCGAGGGAUAGUUUUCGACGAUUGUGAUGAUGGGUUUCCAUCACCAAAGUCUAGUGGGAGACCUUCAACUCGGCAAGAAGAGAAAUGGUGGUUGCCUUGCCCAAAGGUUCCUCCGAAUGGAUUAACCGAGGAUGCAAGGAAGAGGUUGCAGCAGUGUAGGGACUGCACAAGCCAAAUCUUGAAGGCUGCAAUGGCAAUCAACAGCAGUGUGCUUGCAGAGAUGGAGAUUCCAAGUGCCUACCUGGAGACUUUGCCCAAGACUGGAAAAUCUUGUUUGGGUGAUAUUAUCUAUCGCUAUUUAACUGCCGACCAGUUCACUCCAGAAUGUCUCCUUGAUUGCAUGGACUUGUCAUCAGAGCAUCAUACACUGGAAGUAGCAAAUGUUAUAGAGGCAGCUAUUCACAUAUGGAGGCAGAAAGAUCAGAAAAGGCAUACAAGUCACAUGAAAGGUAGGCGUUCUUGGGGUGGUAAGGUCAAAGGUCUUGUUGCUGACUCUGAAAAGAAUCACUUUCUGGCACAACGUGCUGAGACCCUCUUGCACCGCCUGAGGAUUCGUUUUCCUGGCCUCCCACAAACUGCACUGGAUAUGAGCAAGAUUCAAUACAAUAAGGAUGUAGGACAAGCAAUCCUUGAAAGCUACUCAAGGGUAAUGGAAAGCUUGGCCUUCAACAUAAGGGCAAGGAUUGAUGAUCUCCUUUAUGUGGAUGAUGCUACCAGGCGAUGUUCUGCCGCAGAUUCAGUGUCUCUUUUUGGCAGGGAAGGUUUAGGUGGUAUCCCCAUCCAGAAGCGAAUGACGCCAAGUCCUUUCUCGAUCCGUCACACCCCUUAUUCGUCUCCCUUUGCAACGCCAACCUUCUGUUCUUCCCCUCCUUGUGGAAGCCCUGGAAGAGCGCCUUCAUCUCUUGGCAAGAAGAGUCACAAGGCGGCAUCUGACCUGAAAUUUGAUAAACCAUCCCUGGUUGACACGGACAGGAUAUGGUCAUAUGCUGGGAAUCUCAGCGCCUUGAAACUUCCCGGGGAGGCACCCGAGCGAGAUUGAGGACAAAAGAUUGAUUUGAGUUGAAAACAAAGGAGGCUGUUUGAGUAAGGGCUAGGCGAGGUUGGUUCUUCUGAACCUGUAUAUUUUUUUAGCAUAGGAAUAUCAUGAUUCAAAGUUCUGACCAUGGCCUUUUCAGUAGGUGUAGGAGGAAUAUGGUUAUAUCCUUUUGUAAUGUUGUAGAUUUUGUUGCUUUUUUCUUUUUCAAUCUACAUCUUCAUUCUAAAAUUUAGCUAAUAUGACCUCCUAGACCUUACAAAUCAUAGCUAAUAAUUAUCUCGAAGUAGGGCUAUGAUAAUAGGUAAUCCUUUAUUAAUUAGGCUCAAUGUUAGCCUUGAAAUAUCAUGUCAAGAAAAAUAAUGCACCUAUGUAAUGAUUUCGAGUUUUCUAAUGUUAAAAGUAAAUGCAAGUCGCUUUUGCCUGA